GGCUGUGAUUUUCGAUGAGAUCGAACUCACCGACCUGUGCCUAGCCGAGUGUUCAACAAAGAACGUCAAUCACAGUUUCCAGGUGAUAACACCGUUCAGAUCGCUGGUGCUCUGCUGCGAGUCACGACGCGAGAUGGAAGAAUGGCUCGGCGCUCUGACGGCGGCCGGCCAACAACGGAGCGGCGUCGGCGGCGUCGACCACUGCCACCACGACGUCGAGCCGGCCGACUGCCUCUCCGGUCGCCACCACUGGUAUGCGACAUCGCACGCCCGUCCUACCUACUGCAACGUAUGCCGCGACGCCCUCGGCGGCGUCACCAGCCACGGCCUCAGCUGCGAGGUGUGCAAAGCCAAGGUUCACAAAAGGUGUGCCGCCAAAGCCAUCAACAAUUGUAAAUGGACCACCCUGGCCUCCGUUGGCAAGGAUAUAAUCGAAGACGACGAUGGGAACAUUGUAAUGCCUCACCAAUGGAUGGAAGGAAACCUGCCCGUCUCCGCAAAGUGCGCCGUCUGCGACAAGACCUGCGGUUCGGUGUUGCGCCUGCAGGACUGGAGAUGCCUCUGGUGCAGGGCCACCGUGCACACUCAGUGCAGACAUAAUUUCGUACCCACCUGCCCCCUGGGGCCGGCCAGGGUGAGCGUGGUGCCGCCAACGUCUCUGCAUUCGAUUCAAGAUGAGGCUUGGGAGGCCGUCAGACCGCAAGCGUCCUCCCCACUACUGGUUUUCGUCAAUUCCAAAUCGGGUGACAAUCAGGGCGUCAAAUUUUUGAGGCGAUUCAAGCAGUUGUUGAACCCGGCGCAAGUUUUCGAUUUGAUCUCCACAGGACCACGUCUGGGCCUAAGAUUAUUCAGACACUUCGAUCCGUUCCGCAUUCUCGUUUGUAGCGGCGACGGAUCCGUCGGUUGGGUCCUAUCCGAGAUUGACAAGCUCGAUAUGCACAAACAGUGUCAAGUGGCGGUGCUUCCCUUGGGCACCGGCAACGAUCUGGCGAGAGUUUUAGGUUGGGGUUCUUCGUGCGACGACGACACUCAUUUACCCCAACUGUUGGAGAAGUACGAGAAGGCAAGCACCAAAAUGUUGGAUCGAUGGAGCAUAAUGGCUUUCGAACGCACAAUCGCUAUGCCAAAAUUGUCGCUUACACCCGGAAUCAACGAUGGUCAAUUACACACGCAAAUAACCCAGUACGAAGACUCCUUGGUCACGCACCUUCAAAACAUUCUUCAAUCGGAUGAAACGUCCGUAAUUCUGAACUCGGCUAAACGCUUAAUGGAAAUCGUCAAGGAUUUCGCCGCCCAACUUUCAGAUAGUUCACUGACACGUGGAGAUGAGCAGCUGGCCAAAAAGUGCGACGUUUUACAGCAAAAACUUGACCUGCUGCUGCAAACAUUAACCAGUGAACAAAUCGACACGACCAGUUUAAAUGUGGACGACGACAGUUCCACGAAAACCAUGAAACAGGACGACACGGACAGUGAAAUGAGUUUCGACAAGGGGAAAAUUGAGAAAUGCGAGAAGGACUUGAGCAACAUUAAUUUCAGAAAGCAUCGCCGGACUUCUAGGUUUAUGGAACGAGAAAAAGACGCAUUAAUAAACAGAGCUAACAGCUUCAAACGGGCCAUCCGUAACCUUGUAGAACACACGGAACACGUAGUGGAUGAGCAGAACCGUCAAACUUCCUCGACUCUACCAACGGUUAAAAUAUCUCUGAGCUCUGACCUGGAUAAAACGGUGGAACAGAUGAAUCAAAAAAAGGACACCCUAAAAGUGAUGCCCACAAUCGAAUCUGGAUCCAGCUCAGACGUUAGUUCUUGCCCGUCCCCCACACCGUCGAUUAUUACCCAGAGGUUGGUGAGCAUUUCUCCAAUGCCAGAUAUUAGGAGGGACUCCGCUUUUGAAGAUCCGGAUCUGUUGAAUCUACCAGUUCCUCCCGACUUUGCCGACAGUCGCCGGUCCAGUCAGAUUCAGCCUCCAACAAUCUCGGAGAAGACGAUCGACGCGAUGCUGCGCGACACGUGCGCUACCCUGCUGCGCAUCGAGAAGUCCGACCAGGUGGACAUCACCAUAGAAAAAUUCGUUGACGAAACCGCCACCAAGCCGCAGCCGAUCGAUCACGACGACGACCGCGAAUGUUCGUCGAUCCUCUCGGCGAUAUCGAACGAGGAGGCGAGCAUCGCCUCGGAAAUAUUGGACCAGCGUUCGUUCUGUCCGCGCAAGAACAGUGACGGUGAAGACGAGAACGGUCACAUUGGUCACAUUGACUCACCCGAAACCGACACUAAUCCCAAUUCGGACAUAAUUCACGGUGAGUCCUUGAUGGAUGACAUUAGCUCGAUGUUAGGUGAGGUGUUGUGCGGCUAUGACGCCGACAGUGUCGAGAACACAUGCACGGACGACAUGUCGCUGUUCCACAGCGAUCUAGAACGUCGGAAGAGCAUUAAAAAAGACUCGUUAGAAAGAAAGCGUAGAAGUUCCAGACCGAAAUUAGCUGCAGCGGUUACCGGUAGUUCCGAGGAAGACACACAGUUUGGAUUCGAAAAUAGAGCUUUCAUGUCCCAACAUGUCUACUUAGAUAACAGAUUCGACACCACUGAACCAGCGAGGUAUUGCAGUUUGGCUCAGUUUGUGGAAGGUAACGACAUCGCUAGACGAUCGUUUAAAAAGCACAAAACUUCGACGAAAACGUCGAAAACGGAGGCGAAUGUGACAAGACAAAGUACGUUGAUGGAGGAAAAGGAGUCGGAACUGACGACGCCAACAAACAAAGGCAGUUUGACUGAUCUUAAUAAACUGGAAAAAGAGCUGAGUAACGUUUCCACCAGCACCUUAAAAGCUUUAGAGACGGAGAAGGAAACUAUUGAAGAAGACACGUGUAAGUUUCCGCGGGUGUGCGUGAUAGUAGAACCCCCCUCGCCGGUGCUCAGCAGCGAGAUACGCGCCGAACGCUUAGAGCAGAUCCGCAUUGAGAUCGACACAGCGGCCGACGACCAUGCCGAUAUCGAACUGCAUAACCUCUGUUCGAAGGCCGCCGCCGCCUCCGAUCGGCUGUCGACGAGCGACGCCACCGCCAGCAACAACAGUUCAAACUCCAACCUCCUGGGAAUCGAGCCGGAACACUUUUUGACCCGAUCGCCGGCCGCGACGCGACGUAUUUCUUGCUGCAGCAUGCUUAAUGCGGCCGAAACGGCGGCGUUGGCAGCCGCCGCCACCACCAGCAAGUUUUACGCGGAGGCCGAGAAGAAAGAGAAGGAGAACAGGAAGAUGCCCAUCAUCAAUCCACUCGUGCAACUGCCCACCUGGCCCAAUGUUGGCACUGGAUCGGGUUUCAUAGGAAAGUGUCUUUUGGCAAAUGCAGACACUCUUUGUGCAGCCGUCAGUCCCUUGAUAGAUCCGGACGAAACUUUGCUGGAAGGCUUUUAUGAACGUUGCGUGAUGAACAACUAUUUCGGCAUUGGAAUCGACGCAAAAAUCUCCUUAGACUUCCACCACAAAAGGGAGGAACACCCCGAAAAAUGCCGAUCGAGGGCCAAAAACUACAUGUGGUACGGCGUCCUGGGUAGCAAACAAUGGUUGCAGAAAACGUACAAGAAUCUAGAACAAAGAGUACAAUUAGAAUGUGACGGACAAAGAAUCCCUCUGCCAAGCUUGCAAGGAAUUGUCAUCUUAAACAUUCCAAGUUUUAUGGGCGGGAUAAACUUCUGGGGCGGCACUAAAGAAGACGAUCUGUUUCUGGCGCCAAGUUUCGACGACAAAAUUUUAGAGGUGGUCGCCGUGUUUGGAUCGGUACAGAUGGCAGCCUCUAGGUUGAUCAACCUCCAACACCAUCGCAUUGCACAAUGCCAGAGCAUCCAGAUUAACAUUUUGGGAGAGGAGGGAGUACCGAUUCAAGUCGACGGCGAAGCAUGGAUUCAACCGCCCGGAAUCAUUAGGAUUUUGCAUAAGAACCGAAUGCAAAUGCUCUGCAGGAACAGAUCGCUGGAGAACUCUUUGAAAGCCUGGGAGGAGAAGCAACGUCAAAGUAUCGCAGCACAAGGCGCCAAACCUCGACACUCGAUAUCACAAGACAAACACCACGACAAAACGAGGCAGAGUUUGGCGCGGCAAAGUAUGCCCUCACAUGACAAUAAAACGUUCCUCAGCGUUCAUUUCGAGAAGAUACGACAACAUUCGUUUAGUGGUGCCGUGCCGAUUCAUGGCGAAAAAGAAAAGGAGAGGCCCACCGUCAGUUUCAACAUUGAAAAACCUCUAUCGCAUGAACCAGAUCUCAAUUUCUCAGAGGAGGAACAUUAUCUCCUUAUUAAUUUCAUAGAAUGUGCUACAACGUUGGUAAAAUGGAUAAAAAUGCUAGCAAUUAGUCACAGUUUAGAAGUGGAUCUUUACUCGCUCGCAACGAAAACUGACGAAUGCUUGGAACGAAUUCAUCCCAACGGAAAAAUUUUAGAAGGUCCUCAAUUGAGGAUAGAAUUUACCAAGCUUGUUGGUACUGUCAGAUCGUUGUAUGAAGAGAGUUGUUGUCUCCUGCACGACCGGGGCGAUAAAUUGAAAUUAAGAGAAGAUUUGGAAAACAAAUUAAGUGCCAGUUUGGCAAAUACCGAACUGGAAAUGAGGAAAUGCGUCAUGUACGAAACUACAGAUGGACAACAAGUUUUUCUGCAGCCGGUUCAAGGAGAUCAAGGCGAGCACAAGAAAAAAGGUCUCUUCUGGCUGAAAUUCCGGAAAGCCAGUUCCGCCACCGCAUCGGAAACAAGCCACAAGCGAGAGGCGGCUUCGUGGGGUACGCAGGAAGUGGCCACUUGGCUCGAAACUCUCCAACUGGCCGAAUACGUGGACAGUUUCGUGCGCAAUGACAUCCGAGGAAGGGAACUGUUGGCUCUAGCGAGGAGAGAUCUGAAGGAUUUGGGUGUCACUAAAGUUGGACAUGUCAAGAGGAUCCUGCAGGCGAUCAAGGACUUGGCACAGGGAACUUGAAUGUCCCGUAAUUAAGUUUAAUCUAGGCUUAAAUGUGUGUAUAACAGAAGGUAGUUUAAGGAGGAUAAUUAAAUAAAAAUAAUUUGUUCUUUGUAUCGUUUUGAGUCUGGCAGUUGAGUUUAUCAAAUUUUAUUCUGUUUCAUUGUGCCAAAUUAUAAAAGACUUAUUUGCAAGUUCUUUUAACAUUUUACAUUCUCUUAAUUGUGCCAAAUUUACCUAAAUUAGCUUAUAAUAUUUAAUCUCAAGUUACAAAUCUAUUUAAUUGAUCUCAUUAGUUUCCUACAGUAAACAUUCCUUUUAUACAUACAUUUAACACCUUUAAAAUUUGUAACAAGCAUUUUUGUCAAAUUUUGACGUAACCCUUCUAAUAUGUAAUAGAAUUAAGCUAAACUUCACAAUAACACAGAACCACAAAAACGAAACAAGUGUUUAGAAGUAAAAACCCAAAAAUCAGGCAAAGAAUUGUGUUUCCAUCAAUUAAAAAUAUUUAUAUUGUAUAAGGAUCCUAUUUGAUAAAUUUACGUGCUAAAUGUACAUUCUUACUGUGAUUUUCCAUAUAAUAUAGCUAGUUAGAUGUGGAAUAAUGAAUUUUCAUAGUUGAAACUAAUGAAUUAUUGUAUAUCACGAACGAGAACAUGUUCAUCAUUAAAAAAUUAAUUGAAUCAUGACAACGUGUUGUAGAUGUGAUUUCAUUUCGACCUGGUUAAUUACCAACUUAUAUUCUAAAUUAAAAGCAAUUCUCUAUAUUCUUAGCAAUAUUUGACUAUUCUCUCGAUCAAACAUCUUCAUCCCACUUUUACUCUAACGUUGUUUUAGUACUUUUACAAAGUUAAAACUGUUCAGUCCAGAUGAAAUAUGUAAAAACUUUGUAUAGUUUGUCCUGGAAUGAACAUGAAUUGUACAACCUUUUGAUAAACAUUUAACAUUAUAAUUGAUUUGGAAACGCGUAGAUCGUUUUAGUUCUCCCCGAAGAAAAAUAAGGCUUCUUUGAGUGUCAAACAAAUUAAUUAAUAUGUAGUACAUAGUUUAGCGUUCUAGAAAGAUAUGAAUAGUAUGAGAAACUUACGAAUGUUAUUUAAAAAUGAAUUCUAGAACAAUUAAUUGUAGAAAACUAUGAUAAUCAUUCAUAUUGCCUUUUUGUGUGUUGACUCGUAACAUCACGAAAAUCGAAUCCGGACUUUCGUAAUUCCUGGCAACGAAAACAGGACAAACACACAUAUAAUAUAAAGUUAAAACGGGACAACGAUGCAUCAAAACGACGCACAAUCAAUGAAAACUCGUAGCAUUUUCGAGAAAUACGGAAAUUCGGAUUCUUCAUCAUAGUUAGUUAGCGUUAAUGUCAAAUCGGACCACAAAGUCAAUAGUGGAGAAAAUCGGUGGCAAUUUCAACAAUUUCCUAUUAACACGACUAAAUAAAUGGAAAUGUUUUAGUUGCGCUACGAGGAAACUUGUUGAAUUCUUAACGAAAUUAACACGCAUUUGUAAAUAUUUCCAAGAAAGAUAAAAACCGCAAUUAAGUGGUCUGUUAAUUAUAUAUUAUAUAAAAGUGUUGUGCGGCCGAUAUUUUUUAAGAUUUUCGGUCGUUUUACCUUAAUCCUUGAACAUGUGAUCUUAUGAUGCAGUUUCUGCAACCGAAAUUUUAAUCUUGUUGAUAUUUGUAAUUUAAAUAAAUAAUACAAUUACAUUCCUAUUUAUCAAGUUUACAUUUCAGCGUUGUGUUAAAACGAAAUGUGGACCAAAGUAACGAAAUUUGAACAAUUUCUGUUUAUCCGGAGGAACAACCCUCGAAAGAAACAAAAAAUAAUGGACACGUCAAUAUUUUUCGACAGUUUUUUAACAAAAGAUCACAUUUUAUCCCCGUUCGGCUUCGGUGUUACCCCCGCAUUUAAAAUAUGUACUUCUGUGAUACCCGUACUUCGUACUUACCCUUUACUCCACUCAGAGCAAUAUUUUGGAUUUCCCGGAACAAUCAUAAUUAAUAAAUAGUGUUCAGAACGGCGAACUCAACCAUAUAUGUAUAAUUGAUUAUUCUAUUACAUAAUAUAUGUAAUAACAUUGAUUGUUGUAAACGAGUUCGCCGAUAAGUAAUAAACGAUUUGUAAACGGGUUUUAUUAGGAUUAGAACUGGUUUAGUUUUUACGAUUUGUACUGUUUUUUACGCUUAUUUUUACGUUUACGUUAGGUUGAAUUUUAUACUGUCACUUUACGCCUGUAAUUUUUUAUUUGUACGAAACUCGUAAAGUUUUUGUGAUUG